AGAAGUGGCGUUGGUGCGCCCUGAAGCUGAGCAGGCAACACAAGAAGAAGUAGAAGAGGAUGGUUGUAAACAGCUAGCACAUUAGCUUAGCUGUCAGAGCUGAUGUUUUAACGGUAUUUUAUCAUUGUUCCACAUAUCCCAUCUGAAUUAAGUGGAUAAGCAGGUCCAUGCGUAACUGCGUGUGGGGCUGUAGGGGCUUGUCCCCUGCCAUGCUCCCCAGGCUGCUGCAACUCCAGGGGGGAGCCUUUCAUAGGGUUUCCAGCCAUCGCAGGGCAGUCAGUGGGGACAGCCAGCCCCCACUGCCCAGCCAGGCCAAAGUGGUGAUCUGUGGGGGGGGCAUUGUGGGGACCUCCGUAGCCUAUCACUUGGCUAAACUGGGCUGGAAUGACAUCCUACUGCUGGAGCAGGGACGGCUGGGAGCCGGGACCACCCGAAUGUGUGCUGGUAUCGUCAGCGUGGCUAAGGCCAUCUCCAUCGAGAGCCAAAUGGCAGACUACUCCAACAGCCUUUACCAGCAGCUGGAGGAGGAGACUGGAGUCAGCACAGGUUAUGUAAAGACCGGCUCUCUUUGCCUUGCUCAGAAUCAAGACCGCUUCUUGUCUCUGAAGCGCCUGGCGUCGAGACUCAGGGUUAUGGGCAUUAACUGCAGCAUUAUAAAGCCAAAGGAGAUUUCUAAGCUCCACUCUCUGGUGAACAUCCAUGACCUGGUGGGGGCGCUGCACCUCCCCGGAGACGCUGUCGUCUCCCCACCCGAUGUCAACCGAGCCUUGGCUGUAUCCGCUGCAGGACAAGGCGUUCAGAUUCUGGAGAGGACCACUGUUCAGCAGGUCCUGGUGGAGAAAGGUCAAGUGACCGCAGUGGAGACGGACCGCGGCCCAAUCAGCUGUGAAUACUUUGUCAACUGUGCGGGACAGUGGGGCUAUGAGCUGGGCCAAGCCAGUGAGGUGAAGGUUUCCAUUCCUCUUCAUGGUUGUGAACAUUUCUACCUCCUCAGCAAGCCUCUGAAGCAGCCGCUCCCAUCCAACACACCAGUGGUGAUGGAUAUGGACGGGAGGAUCUAUGUGCGUCCCUGGCAGGGAGGCGUUCUCUCGGGGGGUUUUGAGAAGAAUCCUAAACCAAUCUUCACGGAGGGACGGAACCAGCUGGAGGUCCAGAACAUGCAGGAGGAUUGGGACCACUUCGAACCCAUGCUAAGUGCCUUGCUGAGGCGGAUGCCACAGCUGGAGUCAGAAGAGAUCCAGCAGCUGGUCAACUGUCCAGAGUCCUUCACCCCAGACAUGCGCUGCCUGAUGGGGGAGACCCCCGGGGUGCACGGUUACUUCGUCCUGGCUGGUAUGAACUCCUCUGGCCUGGCACUGGCUGGGGGCGCGGGCAGGUACCUUGCAGAGUGGAUGGUGUACGGCUACCCUACAGCUAACGUGUGGCCCCUGGACAUUAAGAGGUUUGGCAAUCUGCAGAGCAGUCGCACCUUCCUCAGACAUCGGGUGAUGGAGGUCAUGCCCCUUCUGUAUGAGCUGAAGGUUCCCCGCUGGGACUACCAGACGGGGCGCCAGCUGAGGACCAGUCCUCUGUACGACCGGCUGGACACCCAGGGGGCGCGCUGGAUGGAGAAGCACGGCUUCGAGAGACCAAAGUACUUUGUCCCUGCCGGGAAAGAUCUGCUGUCUCUGGACCACAGUAAGACGUUCUAUAAACCCGACUGGUUUGACCUGGUGGGGUCAGAGGUCAAGUGCUGUAAGGAGGCAGUCUGUGUCAUCGACAUGUCCUCCUUCACCAAGUUUGAGCUGACGUCCACAGGGGACCAGGCCCUGGACUACCUCCAGUUCCUGUGUGCCAACGACGUGGAUGUCCCCGUGGGUCACAUGGUCCACACUGGCAUGCUGAACGAGAGGGGAGGCUACGAGAACGACUGCAGCGUGGUGCGCCUCAGCAAAAACAGCUUCUUCGUCAUCUCCCCGAGUGACCAGCAGGUCCACUGCUGGUCCUGGAUGAAGAAACACAUGCCCAACGACCCACAGCUCCACCUAGAGGACGUGUCCUGGAAGUACACCGCUCUCAAUCUGAUUGGUCCCCGGGCCACAGACAUCCUGGCUGAGCUGUCCUAUGUUUCCAUGACGCCUGAUCACUUUCCCUCCAUGUUCUGCAAGGAAAUGAGCGUGGGCUACGCCAACGGGAUCAGAGUGAUGAGUAUGACGCACACCGGGGAACCAGGCUUCAUGCUCUACAUCCCCAUUGAGUAUGCGCUCCAUGUCUACAACGAGGUCAUGUCGGUGGGCCAGAAGUACGGAGUGCGUAACGCCGGCUACUACGCCCUGAGGAGCCUCCGCAUCGAGAAGUUCUUCGCCUUCUGGGGUCAGGACCUGGACUCCUUCACCACGCCCCUGGAGUGCGGCCGCGAGUUCAGAGUCAAGCUCGACUCGGACAUGGACUUCGUGGGGCGCGAGGCGCUGCUGCGGCAGCGGCAGGAGGGCGUGGCACGACGCUUCGUGAUGCUGGUGCUGGAGGAGCACGACACGGAGCUGGACCUGUGGCCCUGGUGGGGGGAGCCCAUCCUCCGGAACAAGGAGAUGGUGGGCGCCACCACCUCCAGCGCCUACAGCUACACCCUGGAGCGCCACGUGUGCCUGGGCUUCGUGGAGACCCCCGGGGGCCUGGCCGCAGACUUUGUGACCCGCGGGGACUACAAGGUGGACAUCGCCGGGCAGCUGUACGCCGCCAAGGCCAAGCUCUACCCCUUCAGCUCCCUGCUCAGCCAGCAGCGCCGCCGCAAGGACCAGCUGGACCUGGGCACCUUGACCACCGAGUAACCCACGGCAGGAAGGGACCUCACAGCUCCCACCGAGCCCACUCCUCUGUCCCUGGCUAUUAUCCCCCCCCCCCCUAACCCCCAACCCCCCGAUGUGCAAUAUGAAGCAGACUCAUUUCUCACUCCAAAACCGUCACUAUACACACCCAUCGCCAUCAUCAUCUCCGCCAUCGCACACUUAAACCAGUCUGCAACUGGUUAAUCUGGGGGCUGCUCGGUAUAAUCACGGUCUGCUACUGGUUAUACUGGGAGCUGCCUAUAAUGAUCAGACAUUACCUAAAUGUGCCUUGCUCAAUGGGGUAUUAGAGUUUGACUCUCCUCCACUGUAUUGUAUAUUUUAUACAUUGACAAACCUGUCCCUUCUUUCUCGCUAUUUGUCCUUUCUCUCUGAUACCCCGUUUUCUGUCCUCUCUCUCCUCUC